GGAUGGGCGGAGCCCCAGCCGCCAGUGCUGGUGGCCGCCGCCGCUGCCGGAGCCCGAGCGGCCGCCUCUGCUCCCGCGCGUCGCUGCUUCCCAGGGCGGCGGUAUGCUGGGGAAAGGGGUAGUCGGCGGUGGCGGCGGCACCAAGGCGCCCAAGCCCUCCUUCGUGUCGUACGUGCGCCCCGAGGAAAUUCACACAAAUGAAAAGGAAGUAACAGAGAAGGAAGUAACUCUUCACUUGUUGCCAGGUGAACAGCUGCUUUGUGAAGCCAGCACAGUACUAAAGUAUGUCCAGGAAGAUUCCUGUCAGCGUGGCAUCUAUGGGAAACUUGUCUGCACAGACUUCAAGAUUGCUUUCUUGGGUGAUGACGAAUCUGCUUUGGAUAAUGAUGAAACCCAGUUUAAGAAUAAGGUUAUAGGAGAAAACGACAUUACACUCCACUGUGUUGAUCAGAUUUAUGGAGUGUUUGAUGAGAAAAAAAAAACUCUAUUUGGACAACUGAAGAAAUACCCUGAGAAACUCAUCAUCCACUGCAAGGACCUCCGGGUAUUCCACUUUUGUCUGAGGUACACAAAAGAAGAGGAAGUCAAAAGGAUUGUGAGUGGCAUCAUUCAUCACACCCAGGCCCCUAAACUGCUGAAACGACUGUUCCUGUUUUCCUAUGCAGCCGCAGCACGGAACAGCACGGCCACCGAUCCCAAGAACCACACCGUGAUGUUUGAAACACUUCAGGACUGGUGCUGGGAACUGGAGCGGACCAAGGGCAACAUGAAGUACAAGGCAGUGAGGGUCAAUGAAGGCUAUCGAGUCAGUGAAAGGUUGCCAGAAUACUUUGUUGUCCCCACCCCUCUUCCUGAAGAGGAUGUGCCACGCUUUCAGGGUCACGGCAUACCAAUGUGGUGUUGGUCCUGCCACAAUGGAUGUGCCCUUUUGAAAAUGUCAGCUCUGCCCAAAGAACAGGAUGACGCCGUUUUACAAGUCCAGAAGAGCUUCUUGGAUGGAGUUUACAAGACCAUCCACAGGCCACCCUAUGAAAUUGUUAAAACUGAAGACCUAUCAAGCAGCUUCCUGUCCCUGCAGGACAUCCAGACCGCACACUCUAAAUUCAAGCAGCUCUUUCUGAUAGAUAAUAGUACCGAGUUUUGGGACACAGAUAUAAAAUGGUUUUCCCUGUUGGAAAGUAGCAGCUGGCUUGACAUAAUCAGACGUUGCCUGAAAAAAGCAAUAGAGAUUACAGAAUGUCUAGAAGCACAAAACAUGAACGUUCUUCUUUUAGAGGAGAACGCUUCUGACCUCUGCUGCCUCAUUUCCUCUCUGGUGCAAGUGAUGAUGGACCCGCACUGUAGAACCAGGGUUGGUUUCCAGAGCCUCGUCCAAAAGGAGUGGAUCAUGGGCGGGCACUGUUUCCUGGAUCGCUGCAACCAUCUCCGUCAGAGUGACAAGGAGGAGGUUCCUGUGUUCCUGCUUUUCUUAGAUUGUGUCUGGCAGCUGGUGCACCAGCAUCCCCCGGCAUUUGAAUUCACGGAGACUUACCUGACUGUUUUGUCAGAUAGCCUUUACAUACCUAUUUUUAGCACCUUCUUCUUCAAUUCGCCUCAUCAAAAAGAUACUAACAUGGGUAGGGAAAGCCAGGAUACACAAGGCAAGCCUUUGAAUCUGCUCACCGUGUGGGAUUGGUCUGUGCAGUUUGAGCCGAAAGCCCAGACGUUGCUCAAAAACCCUCUUUAUGUGGAAAAGCCGAAACUGGACAAAGGCCAGCGGAAAGGAAUGCGGUUCAAACAUCAACGACAGCUUUCCUUGCCACUCACCCAGUCUAAAUCAUCUCCCAAAAGAGGAUUUUUCAGGGAAGAAACAGAUCACUUAAUUAAAAACCUUCUGGGCAAGAGAAUUAGCAAACUAAUUAAUUCUUCUGAUGAGCUGCAAGACAACUUUCGAGAGUUCUAUGACAGCUGGCAUAGCAAGCCCACUGACUACCACGGCCUGCUGUUGCCUCACAUCGAGGGGCCGGAGAUCAAAGUCUGGGCCCAGCGCUACCUGCGUUGGAUUCCAGAAGCCCAAAUCCUGGGCGGUGGCAGAGUGGCCACCAUGAGCAAACUCUUGGAAAUGAUGGAGGAAGUACAGAGUUUACAAGAGAAAAUCGACGAGAGACACCACGGCCAGGUGGCCCUCCAGGCGGAGGCCUCCUCCCUGCUGCGGGCCUCUGCCCGGCUGUCCUCUCUGUUCCCUUUCGCUCUGCUUCAGCGACAUUCCUCCAAGCCGGUCUUGCCCACCAGCGGCUGGAAAGCUCUGGGAGAUGAAGAAGAUUUGGCCAGACGCGAAGAUGAGUCUGUGGAUGUAGGGGAUUUGUGACUCGUCUGUUCAGUGGUUGUGAAAGAGGAGUGCUGAGGCCUGGGGCAGUAGUCAAACGCAUCUGGUGUCUGGAUUGGUGUGUCGGCUGAAGCACACUGCUGGGAGGGAGGGCCCGCCUCCAGUGCUCCACUGAGCGAGACUGGGCCUUUGGGAAAAGAGCUGGUUCUCAUUUUUUUUUUGUGGUCCUGAAAGACUAUGCAAUUAAAAUCAUAUCUCUAGUAUUAUUAAUUGAAAGUAACUACUACUUGACCCAUAAUCGAAUGGUGGCCAUUGUCUGAUGCGUGCGUAUCAUACAGAACCCGCAGUCGCCUGUUUACUACUAGAAAGGGCUUUGGUAAGAUGUUCUUGGACUUGAUACUUUCUUCAGAGCUUUUCUCUGCCAAGAUAAUUUAUCCAAUCAUGGGGAGUAGUGUCUCUCUAACCCAUCUGAGUUUGGAGCGAGUUGUGCUUUAUGUGACGUGUGCAUGGUGAAUUGAAAGAUUCAAAUAGAGGUAUUAAGAUGUAUGGAAUUCAUUUAAACAAACCAUAGAAUUUUUCCUUUCUACGUCCUCUUCCCCAUAAAAGGCUGGGGAAAUUCCACCCAGGUCACCCAUCCUGCCGUUUCAGACCAUCCUCCCUCCUGCGUAGACUGUGUCACUUUUCGGAGUGGAUGCGUUAGCCAACCCCACCGCUCUUUGGCGUGUGCUGACAGCUCCAGGUCUUUCUCUGGCCUGCUCCUUACCCCUGGCCGCCAUCCCUCUGCUCCCCAUCUUGGUGCACAUAGUCCCAGGAUCCUGCUACUAAACCUGUUGGUUGAACUGGGGGAAUCUCUGGUUUGCCCAGACCAGCUUCUGUUCUCUCGGAGGCUCGCAGUGUUUGAAAGCAAUUGCUGUGCCUUUUUCUAACAGCGUGCCGAGGCUUCAGAGCAUUUGUGACCACGGUCCUCUGCAGCAGCCCCUCACAUGGUUUCCUCGAAUUCUCUGUUACCCUCCAGACUGAUGAGUAGGGUCACUUUUGAACGUGGCUUCGUAGGGAAGCAGUUAAGCGUAAAUGUCAGAAGUGACAGUUAUCACAUAGUACCUCAGCGAUUUAAAAAGCCAUAGAAGAAACUUGACUAUGCCUGGUGACCUUCUUGGAUCUGCUGUCUAGAUGAUAUCUAUUUUUAAAUGCGGGAAAGUACACUUUGUAAGGACCAGUUUUUUCAUUCUUAGUGGAACCUUGUUAAAUCUCGCAAAAGGAAGGGAAAAAAAAUCUCACGUUAGAAUGUUUCCUAUGGAAUGUUUGCCUUUUAUAUCUCCCUUUCUUCUCCGUAUAGAUCCCAAUUUGAAUAUAACAUGUUUAGAAAAACUUUCAGUUGCUCAAGGGCAAGAAGAAAUUUUGAAACUGUUAACAAAGAAGUUUCUCAGUUUGCACUGAAUCAUCUUUUGUACGUACAAGAAAUUGCUUUGCUCUUCUCCGCGCUCCAUGUCACACAGGAGCUGGGUUGGUCUGUCAAGAUGACAGAGGCUGCGGCGGGGCCAGGAUCCUGCACUGGGCCAGCCCGUGUCCGGUCUCAAUUGCCUUAAGAGUCUCAGCAGUGAGGUCAGUGUUAGGCUUGCGGUAGGGAAUUUCGGAGUACACUAGUUCACUAGCUACCUUCACGUACAUUCUGUGGGCCUUCUUAAACUAGCACUAACCUCCACUCACUUCUCCACCCCGUUGCCUCCCCAAUACACUAUGGAGCUGACUAUUUUUGUUACCGUAUUAUAACGUGAAUAUUUAUACAGUAGCCUCUUCAGUCUUAGGAUCUUAGUAA